UUGUAACAUUUUCUUUUGUUUCAACAGGACGUGCAUUGGAUCGUUGGAAAUUUGAAGAUGGCGACCAGGGACAGAAGAAUUCCAAAGAGGUUUCUAGAUGAUUGGGAGUCGGUAUGGAGAACCAGGGCCCUGCAAGCACAAAGGAAGCUGAAGAAAUUGGAGAAAGGGAAGCCGGUGAAGAAAGCAGCAAUGGAAGCGGCAGCAGAAGGAAUGGUCAGUGUGGCAUUGAGUUCCCCACAGAUAUCGACCAUAAGGCCAGGUCUGGAUACGAGCAAGGGUAUGCAGGGCAAGAAGGAGAGGAGUCAGAGGAUGGAGGACAAGGGCGAGGAGCAAGCAGAAACAGGACAGAGGCCGGUAUGGGCGGGGCCCCAGCAGAAGGAAGGACCGGAGGCGAAAAAAAGCAUGGAGAGACUGGCAAAGAAGGACAGCUUGCAGAAGGGUCUAGAUUGAGGAUAUAUCAAGAGCUAAGCAUGUCUUCAGAGAAGCAGCCUGUUUUCCUGUUUCUGGGCCUAUGA